UGGGGGCGCGGACGGCGCGGAGGUCCGGCAGUGCUCCCGCGGCGCCCCUCACUCGUCCCCGCGCAGGCCGUGGAGCUGCGGAGCCUGUGGCAGGAGCAGGCGUGCGUGGUGGCUGGUCUGCGGCGUUUCGGCUGCAUGGUGUGUCGCUGGAUCGCCCGGGACCUCAGCAGCCUCAAGGGACUCCUGGACCUGCACGGUGUGCGCCUGGUGGGCGUGGGGCCUGAGGCCCUGGGCUUGCAGGAGUUUCUGGACGGGGGCUACUUCGCUGGAGAGCUCUACCUGGAUGAGAGCAAGCAGUUCUACAAGGAGCUGGGCUUCAAGCGGUACAACAGCUUGAGCAUCCUGCCAGCUGCCCUGGGGAAGCCCGUGCGUGAUGUGGCCACCAAGGCCAAGGCUGUCGGCAUCCAGGGGAACCUGUCCGGGGACCUGCUGCAGAGUGGAGGGCUUCUGGUGGUUACCAAAGGUGGUGACAAAGUGCUGCUACACUUCAUCCAGAAGUCCCCAGGUGACUAUGUUCCCCAGGAGAGCAUCUUGAAGGCCCUGGGCAUCUCUGCGGAGGUCAGUGCCAGCAAGCCACCCCAGUGUGACGACGAGGCGUGCUCGAGGUGAAGGCCCCUGGCUUCUGAGGAUCUGGGAGGCGUCUGCUGCGCCCGGCGUGCUGCCAGCAGGAUGUGAAGAAUUGUCCUGAACCUUCCGGCCUGGAUGCCGCACUCUGCAUGGUCAGCGGACGGCACUGAGCAUUAAACUGCCGUCUCUGUU